AUGUUGGAGCUCCGACUGGUUCAGGGGUCGCUGCUGAAGAAGGUUCUUGAGUCCAUCAAGGACCUCGUCAACGACGCCAACUUCGAUUGCUCCGCCACUGGCUUCUCCCUCCAGGCCAUGGAUUCCAGCCACGUGGCGCUGGUGGCGCUGCUGCUCAGAUCCGAGGGCUUCGAGCACUACCGCUGCGACCGCAAUAUCUCCAUGGGCAUGAACCUCACCAACAUGUCCAAGAUGCUGAAAUGCGCCGGAAAUGAUGACAUCAUCACCAUCAAGGCUGACGAUGGCAGCGAUACUGUCACCUUCAUGUUCGAAAGUCCCACGCAAGAUAAAAUUUCUGAUUUUGAGAUGAAGCUGAUGGACAUUGAUAGUGAGCACCUUGGAAUUCCGGAGGCAGAAUACCAUGCUAUUGUUAAGAUGCCUUCAGCUGAGUUUGCUAGGAUAUGUAAAGACCUCAGUGGCAUUGGUGAUACAGUUGUGAUAUCUGUGACCAAGGAAGGUGUGAAGUUCUCUACAAGAGGGGAUAUUGGCACUGCUAACAUCGUCUGUAGGCAGAACACUACAGUGGACAAGCCUGAAGAAGCAACAGUUAUUGAUAUGAAUGAGCCAGUUUCAUUGACAUUUGCUCUGAGGUACAUGAAUUCCUUCACAAAAGCGACCACAUUGUCGAACACAGUUACAAUCAGCCUGUCUUCUGAACUUCCGGUUGUGGUUGAGUACAAGAUUGCAGAGAUGGGCUACAUCAGGUUCUACUUGGCUCCUAAGAUAGAAGAAGAUGAAGAUGAGACGAAGCCUGAAGUUUGA